CUGGACUCCCACUAUUUAAUGCACGUAAUAUAUACGCACACGGUGAAAUCCUGCGCUGUUCUGCUUCUUAGUUUGAAAACCACGUUUAGCACAAUUGAGUGUGAACGAUAUCUUGGAGAACAAUUUGCUUCAAUGAUAUUUACAUCGAAGUUUUGAGAUCACUGAGGCCAUGGGAACUAUAAAAGGACUGCUGCCUCUCUUUAUUUUAGCAUCAGGUUUCCUUGUGUGCAGUGCACAGAAAACAGUAUGUACACAGGAAGCAUUAGCUGAUAUUGUCUUACUGGUGGAUGGUUCUUGGAGUAUUGGCACAGAAAACUUCCAAAAGAUCCGUGAUUUCCUCCUCACUUUGGUGAACAGUUUCGAUGUGGGCCCUGACAAAGUUCAGAUUGGCCUAGUGCAGUACAGUGACUCACCACACUCUGAAUUCUACCUUAAUGGCUUUGAAACCAAGCAGGAGAUUCUUGACUACAUCACAAAUCUCUUAUAUCGAGGAGGUGGCACCAAGACUGGACUAGGGUUAAACUUCUUACUGAAGCAGCACUUUGUGAAAGAAGCAGGAAGUCGUGCUAAAGAUGGGGUGCCUCAAAUUGCCGUGGUUAUCACAGAUGGAGAGUCACAGGACAACGUGGAGCCUCAUGCACAGGACCUGAAGAACCAGGGAAUCAUACUUUAUGCCAUUGGUAUUAAAGAUGCCGAUAUGGAGCAGCUGAAGGAAAUUGCCACUAAGCCACAUGAGCAGCACAUCUACAGUGUGUCUGAUUUUGCAGCUUUGCAAGGAAUCUCCCAGAGUUUUGUCCAGGUGCUUUGUACAACAGUGGAGGAAGCGACACGUCAAGUAUCUCAUGUGCCACAAGGGUGCAAAGCUAAUUUGGCUGACAUUGUGUUCCUUGUGGAUAGUUCUGGUAGCAUUGGUGAUGCAGACUUUCUGAAGGUGAAGAAGUUCCUGCACAAGUUCGUAAUGGAUCUUGAUAUUAAUCCCAAAAAAAUCAGAGUUGGUUUGGCACAGUUUAGUAACGAACCUCACAGAGAGUUCCUGUUGGGGGAGUAUGCAGAUAAAAAUGACCUACUGGAGAAGAUUGACAAACUCACCUACCUAAAAGGAGGCACUGAAACCGGAAAAGCUCUCAGCUUUAUUGAAAAGUAUUAUUUCACAAAAGGCAGUGGCAGUCGGAUCGACCUGAAUGUGCCUCAGAUUGCUGUAGUGAUCACAGAUGGUGACUCAGCUGAUGAGAUGAAGAGUCCAGCCAUGGAGCUACGGAGUAAAGGGGUGUUAAUCUUCACCAUUGGGGUUGGUGAAGCCAGCAUCAACGACCUGCAGUCUAUUGCUAAUAAACCAUAUCAGCGUUUUGUACUGAGUUUUAGUGACUACGAGGAGCUGCUCAAAGCAACAAGCAGCUCAAUAGACAAAGUGUGUAUUUCUAUGAAGGCCCAGCAGCACGCUCUAGCUCCAAAGGCUUUAGACGUGUUUGUGUUGGUGGACAGUUCAGUUGACCAGACCCUAAAGGUGACACAGUUUCUCAAUCGCCUAGCCAAUCUACUUAAUGUGGGGAGUACUUCCAAUCAAAUGGCUUUGGCUCAGUUUGGUGAAGAUGUUUCAGUGGAAUUUCGUUUUGAUGGUUACAAAACUAAAAAUGAAGCGCUUGCACUCAUCCGCAAAUUCCGGCUGAGAGGAACUGGACAGCGCAAACUUGGAAAGGCAAUGGAUUAUGUACGCACUCACCUCCUCAGCACUGAAGCAGGGAGUCGAAUUGCUGAGGGAAAUAAACAGUACCUGCUGGUGAUAAGCAAAGAAGAAUCUGAUGACAAUAUUCUGAGAGCAGUUCGUGCAUUGAAGGAUGAAGAAGUAACUAUUAUCAAUGUUGACUUCAGCAAAGAAAUAAUCCUGGGUCCACGUGCUGGACCUGGAACACAUAGUCGACCUGGAUUUCCUGCACAGAGUCUACCUGGCUUAAAGGAUGUUCCUUUUGUCUAUGUUACAAAAAGCAAAAACAGCACAGAAAUAACACAAGAUGUAAAGACUAUCCUUGAAACUAAGGAAACGUUCAAUGUAACUGAAGACUGCAAAUCAGCUCCACUGGCUGAUAUAGUGUUUAUUGUGGAUGUGUCAGACAGCAUCUCUGCUUCAAACAUCAGGCUGGUCCGUAACUUUCUCCAUCGGAUGAUUAGUGGCUUGGAGAUUGGCUCUGACAGUGUGCGAGUGGGAAUGGUGCUUUACAGUGACACACCCGCAGCUGAAUUCUACCUAAACACUUUUGGAAACAAAGAUGAGAUCCUGCAGUACGUUAAACUUUUACCAUUUUGGGGUGGGGAAUCCAGUACUAGCAAGGCCCUGAAGUUUGCAAGAGAGAAACUCUUCACCAAGGACACAGGCAGCCGACAUGACUUAGGAGUGCAGCAGAUUGCUGUGGUCAUAACAGAGGGGGACUCACUGGAUAAUGUCACGUUAGAGGCUGCAGAACUAAGGCGCAGUGGAGUCCUGGUCUAUGCCUUGGGAGUCAUGAAAGAUAAUGUGAAAAGGCUAAAAGAGAUUGCAUCUUAUCCUCCUGAGAGGUUUGUGUUUAGUGUGGGGAGCUUUGCUAAGAUUAAUACAGUGGAAAAAGUAUUGAGGAAAACACUGUGCAACAAUGUUGUCCGGUCAGCAGUUGACAAGUCUGUUAGAUACACUUUAAAGCAAGGAUGUAUCCAGACAGAAGAAGCAGACAUCUAUUUCCUCAUUGACCACUCUGGGAGUAUUCAUCCACCAGACUUUCAGGACAUGAAAAAGUUCAUUCUUGAGUUUCUGCUCAUGUUUAGUAUUGGACCAAAGCAGGUGCGUGUGGGCGUGGUGAAAUAUGAAAGUAACCCCACACUGGAGUUUAGACUGAAUGAGCAUAAAGACAGAGCCUCUCUUGAACGAGCUGUGGACAGCAUUGUGCAGAGAGGUGGAGGCACUCAGACUGGGAAGGCUUUGUCUUUCAUGGGCCCACUUUUCAAGGAGGCUGAAAAAACUCGUGGCACUAAGGUUCAAGAGAUACUCAUUGUCAUUACUGAUGGAGAGUCCCAGGACAAAGUGAAAGAGCCAGCAACACAGCUGAGAGCACAGGGGGUGACCAUAUAUGCCAUUGGAGUGAAAGAUGCAAAUGAGACAGAGCUCUUGGAGAUAGCAGCUGACCCAAACAGGAUGUACUAUGUCACUAACUUUGAUGCCCUGAAACCACUGAAAAAUGAAAUUCUUACUGAUAUUUGUUCAGAUGAGGCCUGUAAGAACAUGUUGGCAGAUGUUAUCUUUUUGGUUGAUGGUUCAGGAAGCAUUGACCCUGUGGACUUCUCAAAAAUGAAGAAAUUCAUGAAUACAAUCAUUUCUAAGUCAGUAAUUGGCAAGGAUAGUGUACAGGUCGGAGUGGUCCAAUUCAGCUCACACUCAAAUGCUGAAUUUUCCCUUAAUCGAUUUUAUGACAAAUUUGAAAUGCAGCAGGCCAUUAAUGAUAUGCAACAGCUGGACAGAGGCACUAUGACUGGGGAUGCACUCCAUUUCGUGUCAAAGUACUUUGAUUCACCAGAAGGGGGUCGUCCCAGCACUCCACAAAUCCUCAUUGUGAUCACGGAUGGUGAAUCUCAGGAUGCAGUUGCUCAGCCUGCACAAGCCCUCAGAAACAAGGGCAUUACAAUAUACUCUAUAGGAGUACGUAAUGCUAACAGCACACAACUGCGAGAGAUCAGUGGAAUUCAGGAAAAUGUUUAUCUGGAAAGAGAUUUUGAUGCACUGAACUUCUUAGAUAAAGAUCUCUUGCUUAAGAUCUGCAUUUCUGCUGAUGAAUGUCAAAAAUCACAAGUAGCAGAUGUCGUCUUCUUAGUGGAUGAUUCCAGCAGCAUUAGCCAUGAUAGCUUUAUGAGUAUGAAGUUCUUCAUGAACUCAGUGGUGAACUCCACACAGGUUGGAAAAGACAGUGUCCGUUUUUGUACUAUUCUCUACUCUGAUGAAGCAGAGACCAAAUUUUCCCUUAAUCAGUACUACAGCAAACGGGAACUGCGGGAUGCUAUAAAUAAUCUAAAGCAUAAAGGUGGGAACACAUACACAGCCAAAGCACUCAUUUACUCACUGGACUACUUUAGUGAAUCCAAUGGUGGAAGAGGUGCAAAAGGUGUCCCACAGAUGCUGUUUGUCAUCACGGAUGGCGAGGCCACAGAUAAAGAACAUUUAACCAACGCUGCCAAUAAGUUUCACAAUUCUGGUGUUAAUGUUUAUGGUAUUGGAGUGGCUGAUGCAACAACAACUGAGCUAGAAAUCAUUACCAAAGACAAAAACAAGAUUUUCAAGGUUGAUGACUUUGAAGCAUUGAAGGGCCUACAAAAAAACAUUUCCAGUGUGAUUUGCAACAACACUAAACCAGAGUGUCGGAAAGCAGCAGCUGACUUGGUUAUUUUGAUUGACGGGUCUGAAAGCAUUAAAGAGGGGCCUUGGAAGACCAUGAUCAGUUUUAUGCUUAGCCUCAUUGACAAUCUUCGCAUCAAACAAGAUCUCUUUAGAGUUGGUGUAGCUCAGUUUAGUUCAAACUACAGAAAGGAAUUUUACUUAAAUAAAUAUGAUAAUGAACAGGAUGUGAAGAGGGACAUUCAGUCCAUAACGCAAAUGAAAGAAGGAACACGCAUUGGAGCUGCUCUGAAUGAAGUGCAAGAGUUCUUCCACACCAGUAAAGGGAGUCGCAUUCAAGAAGGAAUUUCACAGAACCUGCUACUGAUCACUGAUGGAGAAUCAAAUGAUGACGUCAAUGAUGCAGCUGAUAAAUUGAGGGCACAGGGCAUUGCGAUGUUUGUGAUUGGAAUAGGCGACAUCAAAAAAGAAGAGCUUGGCUACAUUGCUGGGUCACCUGAAAGGCUGUUUUUUGUGGACAAUUUUGACCACCUCAAAUUAAACAGAACAACACAGCAGGUGAUCGACAGCAUUUGCAAUGAACCCCAAAAGAUAGAAGCUGAGUGCACUGUAGAUAUUGGAGUUGGAUUUGAUAUCUCCCGUAGAAGAUCACAGUCACUCUUUAGUAGCCAGUAUAAGCUGCAGGUCGUCCUGCCUGAGAUUAUCAGAUACAUCACUGCUGCACACAAUGUGUGCUGUCUAUCCAAUCUACAACCAACCAAUAUUGGUUUCCGUUUGGUUGCUAGCAAUGGCAGGAUACUGUAUGACACUAAUUUUGAGCAUUACAAUGAAGAAACAGUGAAGAAACUGAUGGGACAUAAUGAGACUCAAAAUCUGGCUUUUAACGGCCAGCUCCUGCGCUCAUUUCAGGAUAAGUUUACAGCCUCCAAAGCUGGUGUAAAGGUAGUGAUUAUUUUCACUGAUGGUCUGGAUGCACCUGUUGAUGUCCUCAUGGUGGCCUCAGAGAAUCUCAGGAAAAGUGGAAUCCAUGCACUGAUGACAGUAGCACUGGAAGGAGUCACAAACACCAGAGACCUCCAGAAGCUGGAGUAUGGGCGAGGAUUUGGCUUCAAAGAGCCUCUUAUUAUCAGCAUGCAAAAUGUGGCCAGUGCUUUGCAGAAGCAGACUAAUGAUGUGAUGUCACGAGAGUGCUGUAAUGUGAUCUGUAAAUGUACGGGUGACGAAGGGACACGAGGACCUCAAGGACCCCCAGGGACAAAGGGCUCUCAUGGACGGAAUGGACAUCCUGGAUUUCCUGGAGAAGAAGGAGGAAUGGGGGAGAGAGGGCCCGAAGGUCUGAAAGGAACUCAAGGGCAUCCAGGCUGUCAUGGGAGAAGAGGGCUAAAGGGAGGCAGAGGCUACAGGGGUGAUACAGGUGAAGAUGGAGAACAUGGUUUGGAUGGAAUAAAUGGAGAACAUGGUGUGACUGGAUCAGCAGGAUACCCAGGAGAGCCAGGAGCUCCAGGCAGCCCAGGCAAGAAGGGUGUUCAAGGAAUUCCGGGUGUUCCAGGACAAAAAGGACUGAGAGGUGAUCCGGGUGAGUCAGGCAUUGACAACAGAAUCCGUGGUCCUAAGGGUGAGAUUGGAUACGCUGGUCUACCGGGAGAUCCAGGAACAGAUGGAAGACAAGGCAGGGAUGGAGAUAAGGGCAGUCCUGGUCAAAAGGGAAGGAGAGGCACUACAGGUGAAAAAGGUUUCCCUGGACCUCCAGGAGACUUGGGAUCAAAUGGAGACCCUGGACCUUCAGGGCCACAGGGGCCAGUAGGCCCUUAUGGUACUCCAGGACAGAAUGGAAUAACUGGUCUUCCAGGACCUAAGGGACCACCAGGUGUACAAGGAAUCAUGGGAUCUAAAGGAAGUGUAGGACGCAGGGGACAAAAGGGUCAGCCAGGGGAUGCUGGAAUUAUAGGAGAACCUGGGCCACCAGGCCCCAGGGGCCCUCCAGGAAAUGAUGGUCCAGAUGGAUAUGGGUUACCAGGACGUAAAGGACAGAAGGGAGAUCCUGGUUUUCCAGGAUAUCCAGGACUUCAGGGUGAAAAUGGAGAUAUUGGGAACAAAGGAGUUAAAGGUCCUAAAGGCCAAAGAGGAAGAGGGGGAAAUGCAGGCAGGCCAGGAGCACAGGGUGAUCUUGGUGGCCCCGGACCAGCUGGACACAGGGGCCCUAAAGGACCACCAGGAAACAGAGCAAUGUCUACUUGUCAACUGAUCAGCUAUGUACAAGACAACUGUGGCUGCUGUAAAGAUAAAACAACUUGCCCUGUGUACCCCACUGAACUGGUGAUUGGUUUGGACAUGUCUGAGGAUGUGACUCCUGCAUUAUUUCAGAGAAUGAACUCAACUCUUCUUUCUCUGCUGGACAGCAUUGAUAUCGCUGAAAGCAACUGUCCAACAGGGACACGAGUGGCUGUGGUUUCCUACAGUUCUAACACCAAGUACCUCAUCCGUUUUUCUGACCAUCGCCAUAAGAAAGACUUGGUGGAAGCUGUGAAGAACAUCCCUCUGGAACGUACAUCCAAUAGACGCAACAUUGGUGUAGCCAUGCGCUUUGUGGGUAGAAAUGUCUUCAAACGUAUUCGUCAGGGUGUUCUGAUCAGGAAGGUGGCGAUCUUCCUCUCUGGUGGAAAGUCCCAGGAUGUGACAUCCAUAACCACAGCUGUUCUGGAAUACAAGGCUCUGGAUAUAAACCUUGGUGUUAUCGGUUUUAGGGAAACUCCUAAUGUUCAGCAAGCUUUUCAGGCUGAUGAGACAGGAAGCUUUAUUAAUGUGCUGGAGAGAUCACAGACCCAGAAUACAGCACUUGAGAAGAUCCAGCGAUGCAUCAUCUGCUUUGAUCCUUGCAAUCCAGCUAGAGAUUGUCCUAGCACCAGUGAGGUGCCCAGUCCAGAGCAGGUAAACAUGGACCUGGCGUUGUUGGUGGAUGGUUCUCGGAGCAUCCAGGCAGAUUGGUAUGAGGGAGUGAAGCAGGUGUUGGGCACUGUGUUGGACCAGCUUGUAGUGAGUGAUCAGCCCAGCAGAAAUGACAGACAGGCACGGGUGGCACUUUACCAGCAGAGCUCAUCAUACAGUGAGGCCCAGGCUCCAGUCAAGCAGAUCUUUAGUUUCCAGCAGUUUCAGGACCGCAACCUAAUGAAGCAGAGCAUCUUUGAAAAUCUACAGCAGACUGGUGGCUACUCCAGGCUGGGACAUGCCAUAGAAUACGUAAUCAUGCAGGACCUACUCACUGUUUCCAGGCCUCGAAAAAACAAGAUGCUGCUGCUUAUAGUUGGAGAUGAGACGGAAUAUUCUGACAGUGCAAAACUGGACUUCAUCUCCAUGAAAGCCAAGUGUCAGGGUGUGGUGCUUUUCACUCUUACUGUCGGGGAUCAUUUCAACAGCACACAGGUGGAGGAGCUUGCCAGCAGUCCCACAGAGCAGCACAUAGUUCACUUAGGCCAUGUAAAACAAGGACAACAGGAGUACACUCGACGUUUUAUCAGAACUUUCCUACACAUUCUGAGCUUGGAAAUGAACACCUAUCCUGGUACAUUGUUCAAACAACAGUGUGAGAAUCUUCAGCAACAGCAAGGUCAAGAACAUGUCUUUGAGGCUGCUAAGAGACCACACAUACACAGAUUUUCUUUGGGGAAUCAAGAAGUCAUAUCGUACAGUGAAGAGAGAAACAUACAACACGAGUAUGAGACUGAGCAUGAAAAUGGAGGCCUGUUGACCUCAGUGCCUGAAGAUUCAAAUAAUGUGUGCUUCCUACAAAAAGACACUGGGCCCUGCAAAAAUUAUGUACUCAAAUGGUUCUUUGAUCAAGAGCAGAAUCGAUGCUCUGCUUUCUGGUAUGGAGGAUGUGAAGGGAACCUUAACAGAUUUGACAGUCAGAAUGACUGUGAAGCCCGUUGUCCAUAAGAUCUUACUGAAUAUUGGCUUGCAAAUUACUGAUAAUACUAACAGCAAGUUGACAUCCCACUUUUUCUUUGUUUUUAUUCAGAAUUGUGGUACAAUAGGAAAUGAACAAUGUGUUUAUGCACAUUUUACCCAAAUAACCAACACACAAAACCACAAGUAACAGUAGUUAAAUAUUCCAUAUUCUACCGAAGGUGGCACAUUCAUAUUCGCUGCUGAUAAAGGCUGUACUUUUGAUACUGCUCCUCUUUGGCUUUAUAAAUGAAACAUGACUCAGUAGAAUCAGUUUCCCAUGAAAGAAAAUGCAUAUGAAGGUGACUUUUCGAUGUAGAUACCAUUUCAAUUUUUCAUUAUCUCUAUAAAUAAAAUUAUGGACACGUUACAUAUUUUGUAAUUGCACAUUUACUGAUAUUUUUAUAUAAUAAUACUAAUAACCAUAAACAGCAGCUCUCAUUAGUAUAAAAAUUCACCUAAAUUAAUUAGUAGACUUCAAUGUAUGCUCACACUUUCAGAUGUUGUCUCACUUGUCUCUGUCUAUAUAUUAUGGAUCUUUAGGGUUGUCUAUAAGGUGGAAAUGGAAGUUAACAGAACUAAGAUAUAGCCUUCAGCACCACAGGUCUCACCUCCAUUGCCAUCUGGAACAUUCAUUUGUUUCUUCUUUUGUUCAUUUAUUCACUCAGUGAGCAAACACUGUGUCAGUCAACAAAGAUUAAAGCAAUAUCUGAAAUAUAGGGGACUUAAAUCAUCCUAUAAACUUCAGGAUGCAUUCAAUUUUAUUUGCAGUCAUUUACAGACAGGCAGACUGCUUCAUGGGUACAGAUAUUGUAAACACAGAAAAUUGUCCGAGUGUCAGAAAGGAGGCUGUAUAAAUGAUCUGGAUCUAAUAUGGGGUUUUUUUUCAGUGGAAACUGAGACGUCAAAAGACCUGAGACUUUUAUAAUAGCACCCUGAGUCACUGCCUCUCAUUUUAUUGGUUGUUUCGCCAAUAAUUUCCUUCUGAAAAAAAAUAGAAAAGCUCGGUUUUAUAUUGCAGUGCCCUGCACUUGUUCUCUGGGACAAGCCUCUAACCAGAAAACGUUUCUUUUAACUUAAGAACGAAAUGAUGCAUGUGUUUGAUGAGUAAAUACAGUGGAAAACCUGGAUUAAAUUUGUUCCAGCUACUGCUGCGUGCCUGACGUAAGUAGCUGGUGCACAUUUCACAUACGAAUGACUUCCAGAAAAGAUUAAGCAUAUUAUUCAUAGUUAUUGUGUCAUUACUCAAUUUGAAAUAGAUGAGUAGAUUAAGACAUUACUGUAGAUAUGCUAUAGCACACAGGGCUGGAUCUUUGGAGCUCCCUAUUGGUAUACAUAUACAUGUGUGUAUAUACACAUGAGAGAGAGAGCAGUCCCUUUCAGAAACGAGGAGGGAAAUCUACAGUCAAACAUGUUUUAAAAUUUCCUCAGUUAAAUAGUGAUAAUGAUGUUUAAAACACACUGAUUACCCAUGAUUUAGUAUUAAAGGAGGGUAAAUUGAAUACAAUAUGAAAAAUUGCAAAAUGAUUCCACCAGGAUGGGAUUUCCAUCAUAUUUUGGAAGCAUUCUUGUAAGGUUAUUAAAGUGAACUGUCUUAUAGGACAAGACAAAUAUCCUGUAGGACCACUUGCACAGAUUUUUUAAUGGGAUGCAUUUGGGUUCCUAUUCAGGUGUAUAUGCGAAUUCAGCGAUGCCCUGCGAUUUGAAUGAACUCAUCUUAAAGUAGACAUUGUACAGGGAGUAUCACCUUAUGUUGCGUGCUGGGCAACCUGCAGUAACAUCAUGAACAUGGGAGGGAAGCAAGCAGGGAGGGUAGUACUGCAGUUUUGGGUACUGAUCAAAAAACAAAUAAAGAGUCAGUCUGUGUUUUUCAGCACAAUUUCAAAAUUCAGCAGAAAACAACAGCUGUUUUUGCUCGGUCAGGCAUGCAUUUCUUGUCAGUGUGUCUCUUGAGCUCAGUGUCGAGAACGUUGACAUGCAAUCUCUCAUGCAGCUUUGUGCUUGCUAGUGAGUUUAGGGAAGUCAAACAAGCAGUAGGCACUUUAACAAAGUAUUAGGUAAGUGCACCCUUCAUGUUUUUUUUCUUUCUCUUUUUUUCUUAAAAAUAUAUAUAUUUGUUCUUCAGUUUAUUCAGUCAAAUUGUAAAAAUUCUGAUGGUUGCUACAUCACAAUAAAGCUAGGACAAAAUCUGA